GUUUUUUUAACUUUAAUAAUUUGGUUUUCUGGAAUGAUGUUGCACUACACCAAUCUCUGGAUCACCACUGUCCUGUACAUGUUUUACUGCCUGAAGAUUGCAAGUUAUUGUUGCACCUGGUUUAUCUUCAUGAAGACCAACAUCUCCAGACUUGUCCCUCCGUUUAUUGUGGCUUCUCUCCUCAUUUCUGUAGCCUCCAGCCUUCCGUUCGGCAUGUAUGUGUUUUGGCUUCGUCAAGAAAAUUCAGCAAAUUUUUCAUUUAGAAACGUCACAAUGAACGUUUCCAAUUUCCAACAUAAAUACCAGGACCAGGUAAUUAUUUUCUCUGUGGGUUCUUUACUUCCAUUUCUCUUAUUUAGUGGUGCAAUUUACCUCUUAAUUCAAUCUCUUUGGAGACACACCAGACAGAUGAAAGGCAACGGGACAAGUUUCCGAAGCCCCAAUUUAGAGGCUCAUUUUGAUGUUGCGAAAAGCAUGAUUCUUUUUUUUCUCUGUCAGGUCAUCUAUUUUUCAAGCAUGAUUUGUUCCUUUUCAGAUAUGUUGAAUAUUAAUGACCCCUGGAAUAUUGGGUAUUCAAUAUUGAUUUGCUCUCCUUCAUUUCUCCAUUCAGCCUACAUGGUCUACGGCAAUGCUAAAUUAAAACAGGCCUUUAAAGAACUUUGCUAUGGUCUGAUGAAAUGUUGCUAG